GGCAGAUUAGAACAGUCCGCUCAAGCUACACGCAAGGUCGUGUCCCCAGCGGUGGGGUUGUGGUGGAUUUUAUUAUUUGGACAAAGAUGAUGUCCGUUGUUCUUCGCUCUGGGGUCUUUUCCCCCUUCUAUCAAGUAACCAAACAUGGUGUUAGAACUCUGGUGUUCCCUGGAGCCAAGGAGCUGCUGCCUGCUGCUGCUCCAGCAGGAAGCCGCCUCGCCCACACAGACAUCAAGAUCCCCGACUUCUCCGACUAUCGCCGACCCGAGGUCCUCGAUCCCCAGAAGUCGUCGCAGGAGAGCAGCGAGGCGAGGAGGACCUUCUCCUACCUGGUGACCGGAGCCACCGCCGUGAUCAGCGUGUACGCGGCCAAGACGGCGGUCACCCAGUUCAUCUCCUCCAUGAGCGCUUCGGCUGACGUCCUGGCCCUGUCCAAGAUCGAGAUCAAGCUGGGCGACAUCCCGGAGGGCAAGAACAUGACCUUCAAGUGGAGAGGCAAGCCCCUGUUCGUCCGCCACCGCACGGAGAAGGAGAUCGCGGCGGAGGCGGCCGUGAACCUGGGAGAGCUGCGCGACCCUCAGCACGACAAGGAUCGAGUGCUCAACCCCAAGUGGGUCAUCGUUCUGGGCGUGUGCACCCAUCUGGGCUGCGUGCCCAUCGCCAACGCAGGAGAGUACGGCGGCUACUACUGUCCUUGCCACGGCUCGCACUACGAUGCCUCUGGGAGAAUAAGGAAGGGACCCGCUCCCCUAAACCUGGAGGUCCCGUACUACGAGUUCCCAGACGAAGACACCGUUAUUGUGGGAUAAACACAAGGGCACUCUAAAUUCCUCCCUCUAAUAUAUAUUUUGAGUCGGUUCUGUUAGUUUUAAGGGGGUCAUAAAUGUCUGCUUGCUAAUUAAAGUUAUUUGCAAAUGCACCAUUCAGUUUGGAGUGAGUCUUCUCCUUCUCGCUCAUCUUUUGUUUUGAGCCAUUGCUCCUGCCAGCGCAGACAUCAAUAAAAAGUACCUUAACUAUCCUAA